AUGGAACCCCCUGCGAUGGAAUAUGAAACUAUGGAAGUUGAGCGACUAAACACAGUGUUGAAUGCCACUACCCGUACAAGUACAUUGACUCAAAUAAAUGAACUUCACGAUGAAUUUCAAAAAGUUUAUGACAUUCUAACGAUUUUAACUGAAGGCGUUCAAACACUAUGGAAUGAUAGCACCAGAUUAAAUGAGGAAUUAUCACGUGCGAGCAACAUAAGUCAGGUGAUACAGAAUGAAUUAAGUCAGCUUAAACUCUCGAUCAAGGACAAAGGCACACAUUUAUCUGGUAUAACGUCAAAUCAAAAGACGUUAGAGCAACAACUCUUAAGCAUAAAACAAAUAGUAGAUGAAAAUGAAUUUGUCUCCCGUGAUGGUACUUUGAUGUGGAAAAUAAUCAAUGUCACUGAUAAAAUGGCUGAUGCACAAUCUGGAAGACAAACAUCAAUUUAUUCGCCUCCCUUCUACUCUUCACCAGCCGGUUAUAAAAUGAGAGUGAGACUCGAUUUACACGGUGAUGGGAAUGGUCGUGGAACACACAUGUCAGUAUUCUUUAUCCUUAUGCGUGGGGAUUUUGACUUAAUACUUAAAUGGCCGUUUAAUCACAAAGUGACCUUCUGCCUAUUCGAUCAAUCAGGUCAAAAUGAACAUAUUAUCGAUUCUUUCAGACUAGACACAAAGUCAAACAGUUUCCAGAGACCACAUUCAGAAAUGAACAUCGCUAGCGGAAUUUCAAAGUUUUUUCCAUUAUCAAUGAUUCAACAAGAUGAUAGCCACUACGUUCGAGAUGAUACUAUGUUUAUCAAAGUGAUUAUCAAUUUUGCAGAUCUGCCAGAAAUGAUCUUGCCAUAUGCACUUACGUUUAAUCCUGGUCUACCUAGUCACGUACAACAACAUUUAGUUACACAAGAGAUUCAUAAACGAGCGCAAACUUCUUCGAUGAUGCCAAUUGUUUCACUUGCAACAUCAACUUCGUGA